AUGCCUACGCAGCUGGCACCAAACCGACAAGAGCGGCGCCGGGAAGCCCGACACAAGCAACAAGUCGCGAAAGGCAAGAUUGCAGAUCGAGCCACGGGAGCACGACGCGACCGUCAGAGCAAUGCUAGGGAGAUCAACCGCACGAACAUCAGACACAAACUCGGUGUUCCGGAUGACCCAACAGCACUCGAGAAAGUCCAAUCGGUCGCAAUGAAAGCCUACAAGACCAGUCGGGGCGCUUGGUACGAGUUCUGGAUGCUGAAUGCGGAGGAGAACAAGGAGGAAGCGAUGAAUGCAAUGGUUGGCUUAGUGCUGGCAGCGAUUGCAGCGAUUCUGCUCUGCUGCUAUGACAGAUACGUCGUGGGAAAGGCCGCUUCGCCUAUGAAGGCGCUCAACAUUUCGCACAUACCAUCGGGUCUCUUUGAAGAAUAA